UCUCUCAAAGGCACUCUCUUGGCCACAGCACUACUACUUCAGCUUCCCCAUACUCAAAAUCCGAAUCCUAAUUCAAAAAGUGACACCUCAUCUCCUGAAACAGGUGCACUCAGAGACAGACUACACAUCCUUUCACAAUGAGCAGCAUUCUCCCAACAGUUAAAGCUAGUGACGGAUAUAAACGCGUCGAUGUGGAUGAUACACCGAGGCGAGCUCGGUUUGGCUGGAAGAAAUUCGUGAUUAUGUCGUGUAUGGCAAUUGGGCUCGUGUGGGCUCUCGGUCCGAGGGAGAUAAGAGAGUCGAUAGUUGAUACUAUUAAAUUUCCGACAUGGGGAAGACCAACAAGGCCGCCUCCACCAAACGAUGAUGAAACGACCGUCACCGCACCUGAAAAGCUCUACGAUCACGAGCCAAAUCACAAACCAACAGCAGACAUUCCCAGCUCAGUUCCCCACUCUUCAGCUGAAGAUCCGGAUCCGCUCAAAACAGUUUAUUGCACUCAUCCUUACAAAUUGGAUGCUCCGCUCGUCCAAUACGCACUCGUGAUUGACGCAGGCGCGACCGGGUCGCGCAUCCAUAUUUAUAAAUUCAACAACUGUGGCCCUUCACCAACGUAUGAAUACGAAGUGUUCAAAAUGACCGGAAGAGCACUGAGCUUGUACAUGUACAAUCUUGAUCCGCUCGGUGCAGCGGAGAGUUUGGAUUUCUUACUCGACGAGGCUGUUGCUGUUGUUCCAAAGUCUCUACAAAGCUGUACACCUGUUGCUGUCAAAGCCACUGCUGGGUUCCGCCUCCUCGGUGCUGACAAGAGCGUUAAAAUCCUUUCAGCUGUGCGUCACCGACUAGAAGAAAAGUAUCCAUUUCCUGUCGUGGAGAAGGAUGGCGUGGUCAUUAUGGAUAGAAGCGAUGCGGGCGUCUACACGUGGAUCACAGCCAACUAUCUCCUCAACACGAUCCGCGCAGAUUCACCAGCCAACACACAUUCAUACGCCGUUCUCAAUCUCGCACGUGGCUUAUCUCAAAUUGUGUUCGAACCUGACUUUGAAAAUGCUACGCACUUCGUCGAUGGAGAACACAAGUAUGAGUUAUCGCUUGGAGGGAAGAAACAUAUCUUAUAUCAACACUCGCACAUCGGAUACGGAUUUUUGAACGCAAGGAAGAGCGUACAUUGGCUUGUGGAGUUCAUGUCUACGUUGAACAAGGCCACUAGGCCAGAAAAUCCAGAUCCCGAAGAAGCGAUUCCGAAUCCGUGCUUGUACAAGGGCUCGUCACGAAUCGUCGAAUUAAGCUCAAACACGCCUGAUUGGAGAAUGCGAAGGGUCUCCAUGUCCGGAAAGGAUAUUGGUUCGUUCGAGGCAUGCAAUCGCUUUGUAGAGCUCGUUAUGGCUAAGGACGCUAUUUGCCAAACCAAACCAUGCUCCUUCAACGGUGUCUACCAACCCCCCAUCCUCGAGACCUUUGCGAAAGGAGACAUCCUCCUCUCCUCCUAUUUCUACGACCGUCUCGCUCCCUUCUUCCCUACCUCUUUUUCAGAACAACCCGCAGAACAAUUAACAGUAAACGACAUCGCCUUACUCGCUCGCAACGUAUGCGAAGGCCCUGCAGGGUGGUCAAAAACUCCCUGGGGCUCAUCCUUCGUCUCCUCCUCCUCCCCUUCAUCAUCGAAAAGCAAACUGCAAGAAGAACUCGAAGGUCAUCCAGAUUGGUGUUUAGAUUUAACUUUCAUGCACGCGUUGUUGAGAUUGGGGUAUGAGUUCCCUGCUGAGAGAGGUGUGAGAGUUGAGAAGAAGAUUGAGGAUACGGAGUUAGGUUGGUGCCUUGGGGCGACGAUUGCGAUUGUUAGUGGGGAGUUGACGUGUCGCGUUUGA